UGUGAAUUACAGCGCUUACCGGGCGGAGCUUCGGGAAUUGCGUCUGCAACUGCUGAUGAUGCAGGAGUGGGUGGUGCAAUCGGGGAAGCGCGUGGCGGUGGUGCUGGAGGGGCGAGACGCGGCGGGCAAGGGUUCGACGGCGUCGGGGAUUACGCAUUACCUGAAUCCGAGGUCCGCGAAUGUGAUCCCACAGGGCGUUCCGACUCCGAAGCAGAUGCGGAACUGGCUUGGGACUUACUACAAGCUGAUGCCCGAAGAGGGGAAUAUCACGAUUUUCGACCGCUCGUGGUACUCGCGGGCAUCGUACAGCCGGCGCUUGGAUUCUGCUCGAUGCGGCAGUACAGCUACUUCAUGACGCAUGUGAACGACUGGGAGCGGCGCUUGGUGGACGAGGGUGUGUCGCUGCUGAAGAUAUACCUGUCGGUGUCGAAGGAGGCGCAGGACCUGCGCUUUCGGAUAAGGCAGGACAGCGACUUGCAGUACUGGAAGUAUUCGCCGACAGACCGCAGGGUUGCGGAGCGGUGGCAGAUGCUGACAUACUUCAAGGAGCGCAUGUUCGCUGUUACAUCGACAGACUACGCGCCUUGGGUGAUUAUCGACUCCGACAAUAAGCAGCAGGCAAGGCUGAAUACGAUACAUUACAUCCUGAGCGGCUUCGAGUACGAGGGCAAGGACCUGAACCUGAAGGCAAUCGAGGCGGGAGCGGACCGCAACGGCAGGCCACGAAAUGUGGUGGUUGACGGGGUGCUGUUCAGGGAAAUGACGCCGGAUCAGGUAUCAGUGCUUGAACGGAUAAUGAUACAUGUCUAG